GGAGCCGUCAGCAGCAGCAGCAGCAGCAGCAGCAACCUGUAUCCAAGCUGGAGCGCACUCCAAGACCACUUCUACUGCCAUUUUAGAAAAAGAGAAAAAACUUAUGUUACAUGUAGAAUUAGGGGAAAAAAAGAAAAAAAAGAAAGCUUAUCAUUAUGAUUCAGGUUGUGGUUUCUUUCUAACACGUACACGCUUGGCUGUCUCUGCUUUUAUGUAAGAUCUGUUUGUUGGAUGAUGCGCUUCUGACUUGGAUUUAACGCGCGGCGAUAAAGGGCGAUUCUGCGCGCUUGGAAAAAUUAUGUAAGGUUACCCAGGUGUCUUAGACUGCCGUAUUACCCUCAGACACAGCCAUGAAAUCUGUGCUGGACGGUGUGGCGGAUACAACCUUCCGGACUAUCACAUCUGGUUUACAGUAUCUGGGCUCCAACGACGCUAACUAUGACGACCCCCUCAAUGAUGUAGACUUCAAGGCGGGUUUCUCUCUGCAGAAGCCCUUAUCUGCCUUCCGCAGCAACUCCUUCCCAGACAAGGUACCUUCGGACGAGGAGCUCAUCCUCAAAGGCAUCCCCUUCUUCCCCACCAAUGCCACAGACUUGUUUGGCAACCGGAGCACGUUCAGAGAUGAGACUAACACUAUACAAUGCGGGGAGAACUUUAUGGACAUGGAGUGUUUCAUGAUUCUGACCCCCAGCCAGCAGCUGGCUGUGGCCGUGCUGUCUCUGACUCUGGGCACCUUCACGGUGCUGGAGAACCUGGUGGUGCUCUGCGUCAUCUUUCAGUCGCGCACCCUCCGCUGCCGGCCGUCCUACCACUUCAUCGGCAGCCUGGCUGUGGCUGACCUGCUUGGAAGUGUCAUAUUUGUGUACAGCUUUCUGGACUUCCAUGUUUUCCACAGGAAGGACAGCCCCAACGUUUUCCUCUUCAAGCUGGGUGGAGUCACGGCGUCGUUCACCGCGUCUGUGGGGAGCCUUUUCCUCACCGCUAUCGACCGCUACAUCUCCAUACACCGGCCUCUCGCCUACAGGCGCAUUGUGACACGGACCAAGGCCGUCAUUGCCUUUUGUUUGAUGUGGAGCAUCUCUAUCAUCAUCGCAGUGCUACCUCUGCUGGGCUGGAACUGUAAACGUCUCAACUCUGUUUGCUCAGACAUAUUCCCUCUGAUUGAUGAGAACUACCUGUUGUUCUGGAUCGGUGUCACCAGCGUGCUGGUUCUUUUCAUUAUCUACGCCUACAUAUACAUCCUGUGGAAAGCACACCACCACGCUGUGCGAAUGCUGAGCCGCACCUCCCAGAAGAGCCUCGUUGUUUACUCAGCAGAUGGGACUAAAGUGCAGACGACACGCCCCGAACAGGCACGCAUGGACAUCCGCCUGGCCAAGACCCUGGUGCUCAUCCUGGUGGUGCUGGUCAUCUGCUGGGGCCCAGUGCUCGCCAUCAUGGUCUAUGACCUCUUCUGGAGGAUGGAUGAUGACAUCAAGACAGUGUUUGCUUUCUGCAGCAUGCUCUGCCUGCUCAACUCCACCGUCAACCCAAUCAUCUACGCGCUGAGGAGCAAGGACCUGCGGCAUGCCUUCCUCAGCUCCUGCCAUGCCUGCAGGGGCAGUGCCCAGCAGCUGGACAAUAGCCUCGAGUCAGACUGCCAGAACAGAAAUGCCAACAUUUCUGCCCACCGGGCUGCGGAGAGUUGCGUGAAGACCACUGUGAAAAUAGCCAAAGUAACAAUGUCUGUGUCAACUGAAACUUCUGCGGAGGCCGUCUAAUUGGCCGUCACUGGGGGAACUGUGUAAAUGUCAUCUUCCCCAAACAAUGCCAUUCAACACAAUAAAGCAGAAGUUAAGAUUAAAAAAAAAAAAAAAAGAAGAAAGAAAAUCAAAUCCUCUCUUGAAAGUAUUACAUUCUCACAUAGAUGCUUUAGUGGUUGCAUUAAUUUAUGUUAGCGUGUGAGCACAUGGUGUGCCAAAGUGCCAAACGGUAAGGGACUCACAAUUUGAAAGGAUUAUCAAAGACUGUCAUAAGUCUGCUGUUUACCAUAGACUUCAUGAUAUCCAGUUAGCGAAGGCAUAUUAUAUUUUUGUACCGUGAAUUCAGGUUUUGAAAACAAUAUAUCUUCAUUUAUGGGAUAAGGGGCUACUGACAUUCUUAAUUCAAGAUGUGUUACUGUGUCAUCUAGACUCUUAACAUGUGUCUUGCACCAUAAAUAUAAGAAAAACGUUGCGCCUUGACUUUCUACAGGCUUCAUGUACACGUUGCAUAUUAACAUUUCUAUGAGGAAAUGGUGAAAAAAGCUCAAAUGACUCUGAUUGUUUAUUCAUUUUUGUACUUCAUCUGACAACACUCAGUGAGUGGCAAAUGUGUGAGGAGGUUUGGAGAAAUGAGAGGUGAUUCAUGCUCGAGAGAGAGAGAGAGAGAGAGAAAAAAAACACAACUUAUUUAUCACCAUCGCAAACAAACUCCAACGAGAUGGAGUUAAAACAGAUUCACAUCUGAUCGGAAAUGGCAUUCUCUGCGGCGGGGUGACGAUUCGUCCCUCUUGUCCAUUUCCUUACUCACUAGCUGUUAGACCUUUAGAGAAGCGUGUCUUUGUUCAGAUGUAUACCUAAUAACUGUACAGUGUUUUUUCUUGCAAAAUAAAGUGUUCAAAUCGACUCAUCCAGCGACACAGCCAAGAAAACAGCAACAACAACAACGACAACAACAAGCUUUUUGGCAAGAGCUUGAAGAAAAUAUUUUGGCUGCAGUGUGCUGGUCACUACUGCAACAAACUGAAGUGGUACCUGACUUAUAGAUGCUUUCCAUCAAAUGUAUGAUUUUGCUGAACUGUACGUGUGUGAUACGUUGUGACUUGGUGAUAUAUUUCCAGCCCCAAGACUUUUUGAUCAUUGCAGUGAGUUGUUUUAGUGCUACUGUCGCAGCGGGGGCAUCAUCUCGGUAAAAAUAAUAAAGCAACCCAUGCACAGGCCUAGUGAAGUACUUCUGGCGUGACUCUAAAUAAAAAUGUGUCUGCUGUUGAUUUUACUUAUGCGAGCAAAGAAAACAAAGGUGUGUUCAUUAGCUGGUGACUUGAAUGGAAGUCUGUGCGUGUGCGCCGUGAGGAGAAUCGACGACUGGCCUUACAAAAAGAAACCGGAGAAAAGAUGAUGUAGUACCUUUUUUAAUCUAGAAAAUCUCACGGCACAAUUGUUCUGUAGACAUUUAUCUUGGUGUAAAGUUAUCCAGACGAGCUGUUUUAUCAGUAUGCUUUUGCUGCCUCUUGUAUUAUUGAGUAUUGAAGAUCAAAAUGUCAACUGUCAAGUGGCUUCUGUACAGUGGUGGCAUAAUGAGGAAUCACAAUCAGUCAAGUGUUUUUAAUAUUGCUGUUUAAAAAAAAAAAUUACAACUUUUGAAUAAAGUCGCAGAUGGUUGUCAUGUC